CUGACGCGCGUCUGACUGACUGUCGCUCAGUUUGAAUUCUUGAUCUUCUGCUGCGGACUGAACUCAAACACUCUCACAUUCACUGAUAUAUUUCACCAGCCGUUAAAUAUUACAAACAGAGACUAACAGCAGGUGAAACUUCGUAAUAUCUCAGCGGCGGGAGUUGGAGGAAUAACGCACGGCGGAAUCUCGGAGCUUUAGUUCAGGAAUAUCAUAUUUCAGCUCUAUCUGUCUGGAACCGAUGCGGGAGAUUUGACUGUUUCUGGAACUAAAGACGCUUUACAAACGCCGCGGACAUGGGGGAGCAGCCGAUCUUCACGACUCGAGCUCAUGUGUUCCAAAUUGAUCCAAGCACUAAGAAGAACUGGGUUCCUGCCAGUAAACAGGCCGUUACGGUGUCAUACUUCUAUGACAGCUCACGUAACAGUUACCGCAUCAUCAGUGUGGAUGGGUCCAAGGUCAUUAUCAACAGCACUAUUACUCCCAACAUGAACUUCACUAAAACGUCACAGAAGUUCGGUCAGUGGGCCGACAGUCGAGCAAACACUGUGUUUGGCCUUGGCUUCGUCUCUGAACAACAGCUGUCCAAGUUUGCCGAGAAAUUUCAGGAGGUGAAAGAAGCAGCGAAACUGGCCAGAGAGAAAUCACAGGAGAACAUGGAGACGUCCAGUGAACAUUCACAGGAAUCUGGCCAUGAAACUCCAUCAGCCAAUCAGGCAUCCAGCAUCAACGGAACGGACGAUGAGAAAAUUUCACAUGGCCCAGAGAACGAGGCGUUAAAGAGUGAAAACGACCGGCUCAAAUCUGUCAUAGAGCAGAGUAAGAAGCGGGAGACGGAGCUGCAGGCGCUGAAGGAGAGUAAUGCGCGGCUGGCUGACGCGCUGCAGGAAGCAAACAGCAACGCUGAAAGCUGGAAGAGUGAAGUGACAAAAUGUCAAGAGGAGAAUAAUCAACUGAGGAACAAGAUCUCAGAGUUGGAGCUGCAGUGUAAGGAAGUGAAUGUGGAGAGAGAGAGAAACGCUCAACUGACCAUCAGAAUUCAAGAGCUGGAGGCUGAUUUACAAGAUAAACAACAGGAGCUUGAGAAUCUUCGCAAACAAGCAGAAAUCAUCCCACAGCUGAUGGCAGAAUGUGAAAGUAUCAACACUAAACUACAGGCAGCAGAACUGACCAACAGAGAUCUGAAUGAGCAGAUGAAGCAGCUACAUGGUGAAAUAAACAACAGCGAGCAAAAACAGAAGAACAUGAAGACUGAACUCAAGAAGUUUAUGGAUGUUCUUGACGGAAAGAUCGAUGAGCUACAUGAAGUACGGCAGGGGAUUUCGAAACUAGGCAUCGACAACUGAACACAAACACCAUAUAACAUGCACACACACAUGCCCUCUUCUCUCUGUAACUGGGGGUUUCUCGUGUGCGUGAUCUGCUGGUUAAAGGGCUACUGAUGGUCAAUGCUUGCACUGAGAGUAGAGAGUUUUACACACACACACACGGACGGAAGGGUUCAUUUUGCCGCUGCAGAUCUCAGGGCUUCAUGCAGUUUGGAGUAGUUUGAUAUGCACACUCACGCAAGAACUGUAGAAUCACAAAGUGCCUGAAGGUGGUGCUCUCACUGGAGCUCAAUGAGUCCUCAAUAAUCAGUCACAGUGGAGGAGCUGAUACGUCGAUCUGUUUAACGUGAAACUGAACUGCGACUGGGCACUGAAACAUUAAUGCAAUACGCAUUUGCAGGACGCAAAUCUCUCGUUCCGCUGACUUUUGUUUUUUGAAGAGAAUUUUCAUUGUUGCUUAAAUUAUAUUUCUAAUUCUGAUCAAUGAAAAUUUGAGCCAAAUCUCUGCUGCAAAUAUCUGCUUUGAUGAGGGAAUUUUGCUUGUAUGGUGCAGAUUUACUCAUUUUAUUCUGCUGUGUAGAUGAUGUGCUCCCCUCCCACUGUUCCUGUAUGUGUGUGUAAGAUUUCUGUUGAGUGUGUGUGUUGUCAGUUGGGUGAUGGGAUAAUUUAUAUGUGGCUUUUUUUUUUUUAGAAUAAUCUCUGCCUUUGAGUCAGAAGAGGAGUGCAUGAGCUUCCAAACACUUCCUCUCAAUUCUCUCCAGGUUUUUUGUCUUAUUUGAAAGUCGUGGCUGGUGUAUUAUAGAUGUUUAACACAGGUGAAUGCGCAUUUCUGUUAACACCUCUGUAGAUGCACUCACACACUCACUCCUGGGGUCUAACUGAACUUUUAAGACACUUGACACUUUUUUCCCCCUUCCUGUUUUGUUGAUCAAAAUUGUAAAAUGAAUAAUCGUUGAAAUAUAGUUUGUGAAGGAAACCUUUGUGCUGUUUUCUAUCGAGUUGAUGUUUCUGCCUGUGUAGUGUGCAGCGGUGGGCGUCUCUCUCGCCCUCUGAUUGGUGAGAGGAUGUGUUGCCUUAGCAACCUGCAUCCCACACACUGCUGCUAUUGAUUGUGAGUAUGGUGAUCCAGAUGUGAAUAUUGUGUUUGCUGCAUUUGUGUCGAGUUGUUUUAUCAUCAGUGAAUUGUCAUGGUGUCACUAACUGUGACAGGUUACCAUAGCAACAUGAAUGCUGGGUUCUGUAAAGCACAGGAUCUUUGUUGCAUCUUUGGUUCCGCCUUUAUAAUUCACACUCGGUGUGAUUCUCAUGGACUGGUGAAAGCAAGAGCAGCACAAACCAGCACAAGAACUCAAACAAUUGAAAUCUCAGGAAACCAUUUCCUUAUAUUCCUGUUGCUUGUUCUGCUUCCACCCCAUACAUACACAAACAUUAAAAAGGU